UCGAUUUCAAGUGCGAAGAUGUGAAUGGAGAUCAAUCAAAAUAUCUCCAUUCCCCACUUGUUGAGCUUCCAAAUAAAUAUCCUGCCCCCCCAUUUCUCUUUCUCCAUCACUCCAAUGGCGCUUUCCGCGAUCUCCCCGCUUCCACUGGCCGUUUCCUUAGGGUUCCACCGCCUUCAUUGUCCGACCACGGUGGGUCGUCGCUUUUCCUACCCUCGUGCUUCUUUGAGCUCUUCGUCUUCCGAAUCAAAAUCAGCGAAAGCAUCGUCGCCCAGUGAUGGCGUUAGUUCCUCCAAUGGAACUUCAACGCCCUUGGUUGAACCCUCCAGAGCUGCGGACUCGAAUUUCAGUUACGCGUAUGCUAACCCUAGUGGUGGUGGUGGUGCGUUUCUUCCGAUUAUUAGGUUUAUGGGAUCCGCUGAAUCCUCAAUUGAGAGGGUUAUUUUUGACUUCCGUUUCUUGGCACUGCUUGCUGUUGGAGGUUCACUGGCUGGUUCACUCUUGUGCUUUCUCAAUGGCUGCGUUUAUAUUUGUGAUGCAUAUAAAGUUUACUGGUCAAGCUGUGUCAAAGGUAUCCAUACUGGACAGAUGGUUCUGCGACUAGUUGAAGCUAUCGAUGUGUAUCUUGCUGGAACCGUCAUGUUAAUCUUUGGGAUGGGUCUAUACGGUUUGUUUAUCAGCAAUGUGUCUCCUGAUGAACUUCCUCCUGUUGAUCGUGCCCUGAAAGGGUCCUCACUGUUUGGAAUGUUUGCCUUGAAGGAGAGGCCAAAAUGGAUGAAAAUUAGCUCUCUUGAUGAGUUGAAAACAAAAGUGGGACAUGUUAUUGUGAUGAUUCUUUUAGUAAAAAUGUUCGAGAGAAGCAAGAUGGUAACGAUAGCCACCGGUCUUGAUCUACUGAGUUAUUCGGUCUGCAUUUUUCUGUCAUCUGCUUCUUUAUACAUCCUCCAUAAUCUACACAGGCCAGAAUAGGAAUGCAAAGUCAAGAUAUGCCAGGGAAGAGCAUAUUAUUGCCUUCAUAAAUCCCCUAAAUGAAAUUUACCAUAUGAGCCAUAUAUAUUUGUUUGGUUUUGGUUGCUCUUCUUUCCUGUAAUGUCUGUUUAAGUGCUGAAUUCAUUGUUUUCUGUCAAAAAAUUUCUAGUAGCAGAAAAUAUUGCAGUUUCCUUUAGGGAUAAUUGCAGUGUGUAUAUUAUAUUGUAGUAAAAUGCUAAUGUGUAUAUAUUUUCAGAGGUAUAAACAAGACUGCUUAUUAUACUCAUGGUUUAAUCAUUUGUUAAGUGAA